ACCUGAAUCAGCAUAGUAUUUACACGAGGCUAUUUCCGGUAUGCGACCGACCGCUGAGACCCACCGCGGUGGUGACGGUGAAAAUUCUCUUGCUCAUUCGGUCAGUCGUCGUUGGACGUUUCGGUCACGCGAAGAAAAACCGGUUUGUGUCUGCAAUAAAUCCGACAGCAAAGCUCUCAAUAACUCAGUGGAAAUGAUGCAACUUUCGGUACCAAUAUAGAGCAAAACAGACACUAACAGACCCAGUAAUACAUCGCCAGUGCGAGGGAAACAAUAGUGCAAUAAAUUAAGAUGAAGAAAAAGUACACCAGAGUGGGUGGCAGAAGUAGGAUGACUCCGGGCCCGUUACUUUCCCUGCUGCUGGUGAUGGUGGCCCGUUUCGGCGUGGUCACAGCAGAAAGUGAUGUUUCAUCGACAUUGAAUAAGGAUUACGUAGGCAAAAACAUCUUACCGGAUCUGAGCGAGAUCAGCUUGGACUCCGUUCCCGAGCCUCAUCGGAAUGCAGCGGAGCAGUUCAAAGCCGUUUGGGAUGAACACCUAACCGGUGUGAAAGACUACGAUGUGGUGAAGGAUAUUCCCUUCACGUUGAUCGUUCCGGACAAGAUUGAUCGGGUGGCGCUCGAAGGGGACGAGCCACGUGCUCGGGAAUUCCUGCUGGAGCACGUCAUCCCCGGAGCGCUGAUGGAGAUGAAGCACCGCAACGUGUACGGGAACAUGAAUCAACACCCGGUCGGGGUGAACCUGACCUGCGUGAAUAUGCUGAUGGGGUACGUGCUGCGGUAUAUGGUCAACCAGGAGACGAAAUACGCCACCCGGCACAACGUGAGCGAUUCGCUGACGAUGGUUUUCAUCGAGGGGAACCUGACCGAGAAUAAGGCGAUCAAUACGAAUAAACUGAACAAGCGGAAUAUUCAGGAGAACAAUAGAUAUAACGAACCGCAGCGGUUGGAGAUGAAAAAUGCCACCAAGGAGCUUGCCGCCAACAAGGAGAAUCGAAUCGGACAGCAGUUGAUGAACUUCUUAGCCAGCAUGAAGUCCGGUACCAAAGUGUUUCAGCACUUUAUGUCCAACAGCAAUCUGAGCCAACUGUUGGACGAUAGUUCGUACAUGGUGCUGAUCCCUUCGGACACGGCCUUCCAACGGUGGCAUCCAAUCGACUGGGGGUUCUAUCCGUUCAGCGUGCAGGAGUUCACGGAAAGUGUGCUCAGGAACCAUUUCAUUCGGGUAGGGUUUCCUCUUCGGAUGGCCGACCUUAGGAGCGCAUCCGGCGAUCAAAAAUUCAAAACUCUCGGAGGAGAGUACGUUGUACUUAGAGGAAAACCUACACCUACCGCAAAUAAUGUCUCGAUAAUCUACGACUACACACUUUCCAAUCGAAUUGAAGUCUUUGUCACAUCCGAGGUGUUAUUCGUUUCCGAAGCGGUUGUGUCUCGACUGCAUCAGAUGCAUAAAGACAAGGAGACGCCUCCCCUAUUGGCAUUCCCAUGGUUUGGGGCUCAGUUCUUGUCGCACUCAUUCUUAGCGCUGGAACGCGAUAAUCGUUUCACGCAGAUUACCCGCUUCUUGAAUACUGCAGAGAUCGCCCAAUUUAUAUCCGGAUCGAAUUACACUUUCUUCGUGCCAACGGAUGAGGCCUUCGAGCGUUACAGUUUUGAUAUUCUUCCGGAUACCGUACUCGCAUCAGAGAAAGGUGUCAAACUACUGCUGAACCAUUUUAUCAAGGGCCGCUUGUACGACCGAGACUUGAAAGAUGGAGAGGUUUUAGAAACGAUUGGUGGAACUCCGGUAAAGAUCCAUCGAUCUUUCGACCACAACGUAACUGUUAACAGCGCCAAGAUAGUGGAAUCGGAAGUGUUUGUCUACAACCUGGGAACGAUGUUCUACGUAAACGAUGUGCUCUAUCCAGAACUGUUGAAGGACGAGGUAACCGCCCUAACCGAGAUAAAGAACACUGAUAAAAAUAUUCCUGAGGAAAUUGGAGAAGUUUUUACCACGGAGGUGAAUCAGGUAGAACCUUCCUCAUCGACGACGCAUCGAACACACUUCUAUACAACAAGUGCAGAUGUGGAGAUCGUACCACUGGAAUUUACUGAGCAAAAUGGAAGCGAUGAUGAUGUUCUGCUGCAUGACGAUGAAAUUAUUACACCCAAAGCGUUGCCAGUCAAAUAUUACUAUUCACCGAAAAAGUGAGUUUCUCGAGGUACAGCUGAAUAUUAGGGAAGUGAUCUGGUACGGGACUAGCAUAGAUUGUAGGCAUCAAAGCUAUCGUUCUGUUGAGUGCUCCGUAGUGAUGCGUAGUAUAAGCUUAGGCUCAAUGGUUUCCGUGGCGAAAUCCAUCUAAACCUUAGAAUACAUUCCAUUCUGCAUCGUUCAAGCAAACACAACUCAUCCCCUCUUUCCAUUAGAUGUGUCAUAAUUGUCAUCUGCUACUGUUUACCAUGAUCACCUAUAUGCCGAUAUCUAUAAAUGGUCUUCCUGGAUUUUACACACAAAAAAGUUAAUCUUUUUGAUAGAAAUGUUUCAAAAUUUGUGCUACCUUUAGUAGAAAAUAUACUUAUAGAAGGGUUUGAUGAUUGGAAAUAUACCGUUUUGACUCAAAUACCGAGCCCUGGCGAUUAGCGGUUUUCCGUAUGGUGGAGGACCAAGAUUAUAUGUAAACGAAUUCAAGAUCCUAUGGAAAGAAUAAAGUGGCAUUUUGAAUGCGUGUGUUCGAAAUUUGAGUUGAAACGGUGAACCAUUUUUCGUUGGGGAGUUUUUAAUGCAAAUUAGACAGUAUUUGGUAAUUGUUCCAUUACUAAGAAAACAGGCCGCUCAACUCUUCCAGCUUCUUCUUGUUCAUAUGCAGUGUUACUGCUGAAAGUAAAAUAUAACAAUAAGAAACAAAACAAUAUUCGUUCCAAGGAUUAGGAUGGGUACAAGAGCUUAAGCCCAGGGGCAGUAUCCCUUUUCAUUUUGCUGUUAAAAAAAUACAAAAAGAUAAAAACACACGUUCUAAAUGAGUAGAACAAAUUUAUACAGUAAGAUCAUCCAGUAAUCUCAUUAGCUGUUAAGAAGGAGUUUUCUCUCAAAAUGAGUAUUUAUUAUACUAGUUUUCGUUUUUAUUUCGUUAGAGAAAUAGUUUUAACAUCGAAAGAUAUCGAUAGGAUCAGAUCAUUGGAUAGUUUGUAUUGUUCGUUGAUGUUAGCAAAUCAGCUUAGUUUCGAGAUUGGAAAACAUGUUAAUCAAACAUAUCACAUUUUGUUUUAGGAAAACAUGAUAAAAAUGUCGAAAAAUAUAGCAAUUGAUAAAAUUUCUGAUAAUUGUACAAUUGUAUGUUUUGUAUAAAAAUAUGUUUCAAUAAAAUGUGCUAAUAAAUAAAA